UUUAAACAACAUUUUUUCCUAAUUUUACCAUCGCAGCUAAUGCAAAAACAUCUGUUUAAAUAUCAUAAAGUCAAAUUCUAAAAAUGUGACAUACUAUGUAAUUUCUUUUUUAAGUUUACCAUUGACUUAUUGUAAAUGUAUUGUCCUUUUCCGCGGUACACCGAAUGCAUCAUCGGGCAGUUAGCUAGUUGCUAACUUCGCAAUGGACAAUGUUUCUCGUUUGUGCUCCCCUGUCACUCCUCAAGAAAACUGCCCAGAAACCUGCGACAUCUCUUCCACAGACGAUGGGUUAGUUGAUGCUUUUGAAGACCUGGCUGCCCUUCCUGUGGAGGUCGGAGAGAGAAGACCGAUGUGUUUACGGUGCCGAAAGCCCAAGACCAGCUCAAACAGAGAGCUGGGGCUAUAGGCUGGGAAGUAGCUGGGAUAUCACAGCUUCACGUCUUCAACUUUCCCUCCCAUGUAGUCGCCCUCAGAAGGUGUGUCUCUGUCCUUUUCUUCCACCACAACCUCUGGAGGUGUCCACGUGUCUGUACGUUGUGCAGCAUCCUGCAGAGGAGAGCCGAGUACUUCGCACAGUCCCCCUUCUUGCUGCUUGUUUACCACAAGGAAAAUGCAAUGUCAUAGUAGGAAGACGGUUUAAUGAAGAAAAGAACCCGGAGCUAGCUGCUGUGUGUCGUGACAGCAGAACACUCAUCCUAUACCCAGGUCCUAAAUCCGAGAACCUGGAGGAAUUGAUACAGUAUGAAGAGGUCAGCACCGUAAAACACAACGUGAUCAUUAUAGAUGGCACCUGGAGUCAGGCCAAAAACAUGUUCCUGAAAAACAGCAUCUUUCACCUUCCGAAACAGGUGCAGCUCAACAGGACUCUGUCCAGUCAGUACGUGAUCCGCACACAACCGUCCAACAUCUGUCUGUCCACACUGGAAUGUGCUGCUGUUGCCUUGUCAGUCCUGGAACAGAAUGAUGAGAUUCAAGAGGUUCUCCUGAGGCCGCUCAAAGCUUUGUGCUCCUUCCAGCUGCAGCACGGCGCUCAGAUUCAUCACAGCAAGGAGCAUCUUCUUAAGAACGGCAUGUAUGACAAACCCAUGCCCAAGAACAAACGCAAGAUAAAGAGGAUGGAGAAACUCAUCACAGACCACAACAUCUGCCCAAGAUGAGAAAGGGACUUAGCAGAAAGAAGACGGUUCACCCAUCUGUGCAACAUGUAGGACUGUGUCAUCAGUGUGCAAACAACCGAACCUUUGGAAACAGUUUCUGUCUUUUUUUUGUUUUUUACAUAAAAGUAGUAGCAGACAAAUAUAGCUUACAAAGUUCUACUUGAAGCGUCUUACUCAACAAGUCAGGUUUCUAACUUUACAUUUAAAAUGGUUUACAUAAUUCCACCUUAAAGAGGAAGAAAACAGGAUGUGGUUCUGUUGGUAGUGACUUUUUGUGAUUGCAUCUGGUCACCUUUUGAAGGGCUGAUUCAACUGAUUUUGCUGAGCAAAGUCUUAAAAAAUAAAGUGAUGUAAACACACUAAAAUGCUGUACACAAAGCUACCAAAGAAGCGUCAAAGAAAUCAGUGAAAAUGGUUGGAAAUUGUGCUAUGCUGUGAAUUCAUCAUUUUUAAUGAUUUUAGUUGAAUCCAGAAACAUAAAGGGGCAUUUCUUAGAUAAUAGUGAAUAUUCACACAGUCUCAGGCACAUUAUCUCAGCUGGUGAUCAAACAUGAUGCAGCAUUUGAUGAAUCUCAUCAGAAGUUGUAAAAAACAAAAACAUGGCGCCUUUUAGCAGAUGCUCAUCAAAAGACAAGUUCACUAAACUGAAGAUGAAAAUGAGCUUAAAUGGUGCAAAAUGCAAAAUAUAGCUGAUGUUUUAUUUUAUUGGGGAAAACCAAAGAAAGACUUUACUUAGUAAGUGGUCUAUUUGGAGAACGACAAGUAUUGCUAGAAGUUGGGGUUGACAAACAUUACCCAAGUUACUGAAAUUUAUUUCUAGCAUUUUGUUAUACAUUCUUCCCUGUUUGGAAGUUAGAAAUUCUGAGUUCCCAGUUGGUACUGAAUGCAGCAUGAUGGCCUAAAACACUUUAUUUCACAACCAAAGUCAGAGAGUAGAAGUAGCUCCAUUCCUGAAAAACUAGAACAUCCCCCUCUAAACAAACUACUCUGUGCCUGCCAAGUUUGAAGUAUUUUGGAAAAACUCCAUUAGAUUUACAGAGAUUUUGCAGUUUACUAGAGUGAUUACACAAUUGAUUUAUGUCCAGCUGUUUUUAAACAGUAAAUAUUUAGAUAUGUUGAUGACAAGUUAUUUUUUCAUUUCAACACUAAUAAAUUACAUUUGCCUUUGUGUGUAAACCAUUUUCAAAAGCAGUUUUCUAUGUAGUCAGCCUCUUUUGAACUUUGCUGUUUUUAAGAAUCAUUUAAACUGAAAGUGUACACAACUUACCUCCUGCAAAUAAAUGCCAUCUGAGCCUCACA